AUGGCGACGGCGGCACUUACCGCAAAGGAGUCGAAUUGUAGUCACCAUUCAUGGCCCGAGUUGCUUUCCAAACUCCGUGAAAGCCUUCAGCAAUUGCAGGCACCCAAGAUCGUUGACGGCCCAGACCCUCAUGUUGCUUCGGUGGUGUGGCAGCUUCUAAGAGAACAUCCCGAUUGCAUCGAACUGUGCGAUCUCUAUUUGGGCCGACAUGGUCAGCAAGUGGAGAGUCUGAGCCGAGAGGUUUUGGCACGCGGACCUUUUGCACACAUCGUAGAAGUCGGCGCCGGGAAAGGCCUACUUGGACGUGUUCUUCAAGAGCUGAUGCCUGGUUCUACUUUGACAAACCUUGAAAUCAACUCGGGAGUCAGCGGAUUCGAUCGCGCCGACACGGAACGCGUCGUGCUGGACGUACGCGAGUACUUGGAGGAGUAUUCGAAUCCAGACUUCCUUCGGGAACGGGGCUUCUCAGCCAGUGAGUGGCCAAUGCUCAUCAAGUUGCUGGCAGUGGCGCGGCUUAGGGUGGACCAGGACGGCAGCAGCAGCUCUGACAGUUCCUUCAAAAGCUGGCAGCGUUGGGAGCAUACUUUCGGAGGCAGGAAGGCAAUGAUCGAGAUCGGGCGUGAGGUGAGACAACUGCUGGAGGCGGGCCGCGCGAAGAUUUUGGAGCUGCAAGGCUAUUCUACGGAGCUUCUGCAAUAUGCUCCGGCACACACCACCUCUGAGAACAUUGUCAUAGUUGCCAUGAAGCCCACCUCGGCCUUAGUGGGCAUCCAAAACGCUCUCCCGAAAGUCGGGGUGCUGCUGGAGGCCCCGAGUGCCGCUGCUCGUGUGACGCAAUUUUUGAUGGAAGUCCGCGGUCAAAUCCUUGACCGGUCGGGUGCCCUCCCCUUCCUGGCUGCCUUUGCGUGCUCGGAGGACUCCGUAGCUGUGCUCGGCACGGAUGCCAUGGAAGUCGUUGCGGCCCUGCGUCAGCAUGCCCUGCUCAUGGUGCAGCUCCGUAUUGUCACCCGAAUAUAUCCGUUCAGUUUGGCAGUGGAUUCUGUGGAGGACGUACCUUUAAGCCCUGCAGGAGUGAAGCCACCCUUUCGCCUGGCAGUCUCUCCCCGGGGGCUGCUUGAGGAGAUCCUUGCAAGGGCAAAGGCUGAUGACAUUGAGCUGUCCCCACAGCGCUUCAAUGCUUCCAUCACGGUCCGACGGCUUUGGGACGGCAGUCUCGGCGUGGCAUGUUUGCCUCGCGGUUGCUGGCAUCCGGGAGAGGAGCCGCAGAGUUGGAUCGCUUCGGAUGGCGGCCAGGUGGCGCAAAAGCUGCCAUCCAUUCAGCGAUUGAGCUUCCGCCUGGAAGAAUGGCGUGACAGGCUUGGCAUCAGUUUUCGGAAUCGGCGCGUUCGCGUCCACAGCCCCCAUGCAGAAUGGUUGCAGAUCCUUGAGAAGGAGGGCAUCGAAGUGUUGGAAGGAGCGGACGUUGACGUGUUGAUAGUGGACAAUGGGCGCUCCUUCCAAAGAGGCAUCGACGAGUUCAAGCAGAGCAUGGCUCAGAUUGCUGUUGCCGUUUUGCCGGUGGCAGACUGUCGAGGCGGUAAAGCAGCACGAGCAUCGCAGCUUCUGAACGAGGUAAGCAAGGCUAUCAGCCAGACUGGAGCUCGGAUGAGUGCCCACCAUCUCUUGAGCAAUCGCGACCAAGAGCGCACG